AUGGUCUGCCUCAAGCCCGCCCUCGUUUUCGCUCUCUGCGCCGUCUCCGCCGCUGCGAACCCCAUCGCCGCGCUCGACAAGCGCCAGGCUGCCGUCGACGUCGGCACCGCCAACAUCGGCACCGUCACCUGCGGCGACAACCGCUACUCCAAGAAGCAGAUCGAAGAGGCCACCGCCGAGGGCUGCCGCCUCCACGCCGCCAACCAGCAGCUCGGCUCCAGCCAGUACCCGCACCGCUUCAACAACCGCGAGAACCUCGCCUUCGCCAGCUCGGGGCCCUACCAGGAGUUCCCCAUCAUCAGCUCGGGCAACUACACCGGUCGGUCUCCCGGGCCCGAUCGCAUCGUCUUCGAUCCCGACUACCGCAGCGGCUGCGUCUACGUCGGCACCAUGACGCACACUGGCGCCUCCGGACGCAACGGCUUUGUCUCGUGCAACCAGACCAAGUCGUCCUCGUCGGGAGGAGGUGGCAGCGGCUCCUCCAGCAACGGCACCUCGGCCGCGUCCGCCCUGUCGGGCCCGACGUCGCUCGGCGCCGCAGUGUCCAUCUUGUCUCUGCUGGCCCUUGCCGCAUGA